UGUGUACAUCUCCGUAAACAAAGAGGUGGAGCUCCGGUUUCCUGCGCCUCAAAAGCUGCCAGCGAGCUGCCACUUGCUCCAGUUUCCACUGGACCCUUUCAGAGGAGCGUUCAGGGAUUGUAUCGGCUGGGUCGGCGGCACUUGGCCCCCGUGUUUUAACGUUCCCGGUGAAAAAAAAGAAAAGGUGGCGACCAGGAGCACAAUGGCUCGUCGGUACGGAUUGCCGCAGCAGAGGAGGCUGUUUGUUCCAGGAGGAGGACCUGGAAGAAGGGAGAGCAUGCCUGGCCGGCGGAACGGCGUGGCGGUGCAGGAGCCGUCCGGGGACCAGCUGCAGGCCGGAGGCGGUGGCGUGGGCCGGAGGGGCCGGCGACCCUCCGGGGUGAAGUUCUCGGCCCCCGUGAUGUUCCAGGAGAGCGUUCAGUCCGGCGACUUCCGCGGGAUCGUCGAGGCCGGCGCGCUGCUCAGACGGAAGAGCGUGGACGUCCAGGUCAACGCCAUCAACCAAGCAGGACUGACGGCCCUCCACCAGGCUGCGCUCGACGGCAACAUUGACUUCGUGAAGCUGCUGGUUCGUCACGGGGCGAAGGUCAACUGUCAGGACGAGGACGGGUGGACGCCGCUCCACGCAGCCGUGGCAGAGGGACACCCUCAGGUUGCGCGUUUCCUGAUCCGGAGCGGCGCGCGUCGAAGCGUGCGGAACGCGGACGGCGACACUCCGGAGGAGCUGGUGGAGGAGGAAGACGCGGAGAUGGAGAGCGUGUUCCGGGAGGAGGUGGAGGGCGUGGAGGGGGCUAUCGGGGAGGCGGAUGAGGAGGGGGCUCUGGGAGGGGAGGAGGAGAACGGAGGAGCCGUAGAGUGGAGUGACUCUGCCGGGAUCUCUGUCAGAUUCUAUAACCCACAAAACGACGACGACGAUGAUGAAGAUGAUGAUGACGAUGAUGAUGAAGAAGAUGAUGAUGAUUACCGCCAUAUGAAUGGCAAGGAUGAAGAUGAAGAGGAAGAGGACGACGAGGAAGAUGAGGAUAUUGCAGCCAAACGGUUUUUGGCGAAGCUCAGACGAGAUUCGGUUUACUUAGUGAAGCAGAAGAGACAAUCGGAGGCAGACGCGGAGUCCUAAGUAGUGUACAAAAAUACAAAGUAAAGAUAUGUUUUGUUGUUGUCCAGGUAGAAAUGCGAUGUAGUUGCCACGACUUGGAACUAACGGUUGUGAAGGACUGCCGGAGCCCAGAGCAUCAUACAUAAGACACUCGUAUCGUCGUGUCAACAAUAUAUAUAUUCCAAGGCUAACUAAAAAGACCGCUGGCACUGUGAAUGUAAUUUCCUACACAAGAAAUUGGACAUACCCAGCUUUUCUACUGUACAAAUACAGACUUUGUCAAGACACUGGCAAUCCAACGCUUCUGUGACGUCACGUUAUGCACUUACGUGAAUCGGUGAGCAUUGCAUCGUAAGUUGCAGAAAGUCUGUGGCGUCCCCCGUCCUUGUUGAGGGCUGGUUACGAUGCCCUGAUGUAGAUGGCCUCUUCAAUAUUAUUGGUUUAUUUUUUGUACAUAGGAAAAGAGGGGAAAACUAAGCUCGUGGCAUGUGUACAACGGAGUACUUCGGUUACAACCGCCAUCAGGCGACGCACGGUGGUACUGCAACAUCCGUGUUUCUGUGGGACGUUGUACAGUGCAUGACCGCAUCUUUUGGCUCUCUGGCGUUCUUAUGAUUAUGAAUGACGCAUAUAUGUCAAAGUUAGUGGGAAGGAGGGGGGUGCUUUUUAAAUGAUAGCCCACCAUCAUCGUAAUACGUGAUGUGGAAUUGGACUUCACGGAAAUCACCCGUUUUAACAGCCAGACGAAGGGGUGAGGUGGGCAAAGAUGUUACUAGUAUCCGGAGGAAUGGAAUAUCUGAGUGCUUUUGAGACUUUUGUAAUUUAAGGAUCUUUCU